AAAUCUACAAACAUUUUUUAAUGGGUGAUAGAGUGCAAAUGACAAGGUGAUGUUUGUGCUGGACUUUCUCAAUAUUUUCUCCAUUUUCUGGCACUUUUGAGGCUUUUCCAAACAUUUAUUUUCUGUUAAUUGUGCGUGGUAGAGUGCUGUGUAUAUCGUGGGGGGUUAAUAUUACGGGAAAUUGCUGUGUGAGGGGGUAAAAAUUGAGGGUGUUUGUGGGCCACACGAAAUGUUCAACUAUAUGAUGAACGAUUUUCGGAAGGUGGAAAAUUAUUCGCCAAAAUCAUCACCGCGCGGUGGAAGAUCGCAGGAUUCAUCGGGAACACUCAAGACAACCAUUUCACUAGGAAAAAAUCCAUCAAUAGUACACAGUGGACCAUUCUAUCUCAUGAAGGAGCCACCAAGUGAAUGCGACGUCACUGGGGCCACAAAUCUCAUGUCAUACAACAAUCUCGAGCACUCAUACAGCAAGUACAGUGGCAAGAAGGUCAAGGAGCAACUGUCGUCCUUUCUGCCAAAUCUUCCGGGCGUCAUAGAUGGACCCGGACAAUCGGACAACAGUUCGUUGCGCAGUGUAAUAGACAAGCCACCGAUUGUGGGCAAGGAGCUACUGUCGCUUACCAGUGUCCAGCUGGCUGGCUUCAGGCUCCAUCCGGGCCCACUGCCCGAACAGUACAGAUACUUGAACACAGCACCUGCCAAGAAGCAUAAGAAUAAACACAAGAAACACAAGCACAAAGAUGGACUGGCUCCGCAGGAGACCAUCAUCGAUCCAACUGGCCUGGAUACUCAUGAGAAGAAGCACAAGAAACAGAAGCGUCAUGAGGAUGACAAGGAGCGGAAGAAGCGCAAAAAGGAGAAAAAACGCAAAAAACAGCGACACAGUCCGGAACAUCCGGGCGGUUCGAUUCCGCCACAAACACAAAUCUUCUAGGCGGAAUCUCAUGCACAUUCUCCUCUCCUCCGCUCCAACUUCUCGGCCACCCCUCCGCCCCAUCCAAGCGCGUGUUAUAUUUAUGAGAAGUAGAAAAAAGGACGUCGUAUUUAAUGCAAUUUCUAGUGUUAAGGAAGAAGGAUAGCAAAUGAAUAAAUCUCUUUGUAUUCCACAAAA